CAUGUGGAAAGAAUAUCAAAUACUGCCUUCAGCCUCACUCGGACUGGCUAGGCAGAGGUGCAGAUAUAAUGGUGACACUGGAUCUCCUCAGUGCUGAGGACCCAAUCGACAGUUCCCCUCUGCUGUCCGAGGCUGCUGAGACCUCAACGGUAACACGUGACAUUCAAAGACAGAGAGAGGUCCGAAAGCAAGACCCCAACGAGUUCUUCUUAAACAGGACACAGAACUUGACCCUUAGCCUGGUUCUGCUGCUUGGAUGGUACUCGGUUAUUCUGAUUCCAGCUUAUUUCUACUCAGACAAAUUCAGACCCGUUGAUGACUACAGAGAGACUAAAGAUCUGGUAUUACUAAACCAGUCAGCCUCCCUGUUAUCCAGCCCCUGCCAACCUCGAUGGUGUCUGGACCACCUCAAGCCUCUGUCCUGCUCUACAGACCUCCUGAACGUCCCUGUGUUUGUCGGGCUGGAGGAGCGGCAGGUUGCCUGGGAUCUGCCACCUCCUCUCGGGCUCCGAGGCACCGAGGAGCAGCUGGCUCUGGCUCUCUCCUUCCUACCGCAGCUGGGCCAGCCCGCCUCGCUGGAGAGGGAGAGCGGAUGCAGGCGCUGCGUGGUGGUGGGCAGUGGAGGGCUGCUUCACGGCAGCCAUCUUGGAUCCCACAUUGAUCAGUACGACACCAUCAUCAGACUGAACAAUGCUCCGGUGCUUGGGUUCGAGAGGGACGCAGGUUCCAGGACCACCAUCCGACUCAUUUACCCAGAGGGAGCCCCCCAGUCUCCCAAAGAGUACCAGGACAUCAGCAUGGUUGCUCUGGUGGUCUUCAAGAGCCAGGACCUGGACUGGCUCACGUCUGUUGUCACAAAGAAAUCUCUGAGUUUCUGGUCCAAACUGUGGUUCUGGAGAGAUGUAGUGGAAAAUAUUCCACUUGGACCAGAACACUUCCGCAUCCUCCACCCAGAGAUUGUUCACAAGACAGGACGGGUCCUGCAGACCUACACUCAGAACCAAGGAAAGACGGUACCGACACUCGGGGCCAGCGCCGUAGUAAUGGCACUCCAGCUGUGUGACCAGAUCAGCUUGGCAGGGUUCGGCUAUGACAUGCAGCACCCAAAAGCCCGGCUCCAUUACUACGAGACCAUACGCAUGAACGCCAUGAAGACCCAGGUGGUGCAUGACGUCAGCGCUGAGAAACUGUUCUUGAGGGACCUGGUUGUUGCAGGCGCUGUGACAGACCUCACGGGGGCGCUGUGAGGCAUUAGCAUGGACAUUGAGAAUAUAAUAAACUCCAAUUGACCACAUCUCCUGAGGAGAUAGAUCCCAUCCAUUACCCAAACCGCUUAUCCUGCUCUCAGGGUCGCGGGGAUGCUGGAGCCUAUCCCAGCAGUCAUUGGGUGGCAGGUGGGGAGACACCCCGGACAGGCCGCCAGACCAUCACAGGGCCCACGCCCACACACACACACACACACACACACACACACACACACACACACACACACACACACACACACACAUUCACACCUAGGGACAAUUUAGUACGGCUGAUUCACCUGACCUACACGUCUUUGGACUGUGGGAGGAAACUGGAGCACCCGGAGGAAACCCACGCUGACACGGGGAGAGGGGAGAACGUGCCAACUCCACACAGAUGACCCACAAUGACCCCCAAGGUUGGACAACCCCGGGCCUCGAACCCAGGACCUUCUUGCUGUGAGGAAACCUUGCUUACCACUGUGCCACCGUGCUGCCCCCAAGUGUUAGCUUUUACAAGCAAAUUCUAUCCAAAGGACAGAACUGUUCAGUGCUCCCGACUCGUGAGAUAUGGACCCCAUAACCAGCACGUUACAGCAGCCCCUGUGCAUCACCGUCUCCCCUUCAAAAUGGUUAUGAAGUCUGCAGAGCAGACUAAGCAAAGUUAAAACCACACAGUGCAAGGGCAGAUUAGUCUAGGAUUAAAAAGAGGCUAACAUUCAAUUUUCUAUUCUUGCGUCAUUGAGCAACUUACUGUAUUACCACUCCGUUCACACAACGUUCGUGUGUGAAUACUUAUUUCCUUGCAAUGCACAUACAAUGCACAGGAACAGCUUGUGUUCCUGUAAAGCACAUUGUACUCCUUUUAUAAAGUAAAGUGCUAUAUGA